GAAAAAAUUUGUAACGAGUUAACCAAAUCCAAGUCUUGAAACUUAAUUACAUCACCGAAAAAAAAAAAAAAAGUCACUUCUUCUGGAACCUUCUCGAUUUCAUUUCCCCAAAUCAAAGUGAACAACUUUAAUCUCCAGAAUCGAAUCUUGUAACAUCUCCAUUCCACAAUUUCCCUCUCUUCUGUAUCUCAAACCCAACAAAACCCUCACACACCCAUGGCGAUUAUCUCUGAGGUAGAAGAAGAAAGCAGUAGCAGCCGACCCACGAUGCUACCGUUUAGGGCGACCUUCGAUUCUUCAAACCCAUUAGGGUUUUUGGAGAAAGUUUUCGACUUUCUUGGAGAACAGAGCGACUUUCUCAAGAAACCUAAAGUGGAGGAUGAGAUCGCCACCGCGGUUAGGGCGGCCAAGGAAAAGUUGAUGAAGGCUGAGAAGAAGAAAGCUGAGAAAGAGACUGUUAAGACUGCGGAGAAGGAGAGUGUUAAGCCUGUGGAGAAGAAGGCUGAGAAGGAGACUGUGAAGCCGUCUGUGGCUGCUUCAAGUGCUGAGCCUAUGGAAGUUGAGAAGCCUAAGGAAGAGGAGAAGAAGGGAUCUGGUCCCAUUGUUCCUAACAAAGGUAAUGGAACUGAUCUUGAGAACUACUCAUGGGUCCAGACUCUCCAGGAGGUCACUGUUAACAUCCCAGUGCCUAGUGGGACUAAAGCAAGGUCUGUUGUAUGUGAGAUUAAGAAAAACCGUCUCAAGGUUGGUGUCAAAGGCCAGGAUCCGAUCAUCGAUGGGGAGCUUUCUCGAUCUGUGAAACCUGAUGACUGCUACUGGAAUAUCGAGGAUCAGAAGGUGAUUUCAAUUCUCUUGACUAAGCAUGAUCAGAUGGAGUGGUGGAAAUGUUGUGUGAAAGGUGAACCUGAAAUAGAUACUCAGAAAGUUGAACCAGAGAGCAGCAAAUUAGGUGACCUUGACCCAGAAACUCGCCAGACUGUUGAGAAAAUGAUGUUUGAUCAAAGGCAAAAGCAGAUGGGUCUUCCAACAAGUGACGAGCUACAGAAGCAAGAGAUUCUCAAGAAAUUCAUGUCUGAGCAUCCAGAGAUGGACUUCUCAAACGCAAAGUUUAACUGAUGCUCAUGUCCUCUGGUCUCCCCUGCCAAGAAAAAAAACAUUUUUGCGUCUUCACCAACUUGUUUUUCGUUGCAUCUUUUAAAAAACUUGUUCCCUUUUUACGGCCUCUGUUUUGUCUACUUUGAAAGCAAGUUUCAUCCUUGGCUUUAUGGUUCCUUAAAUACAUGUUCGGUUUAACGUCCUUAGCUUUAUUAUGGUUCUUUUGUUUUUGUUGAUUGGUAAUUUGGUACUAUUUUAAAAACCGGUUAUCGUUAAUU